CGGAAGCGAUCAAAAAGGCGCCGCAGUACAGCAGCCGGCGGACGAUCAUUUACGUGAUGGCAGGAAGGUACGAAGAGAAGAAUCUCAAGGUGGGGAGGAAGAAAACCAACUUGAUGUUCGUCGGGGACGGGAAGGCUAAAACGGUCAUUUCGGGUGAUAAGAGCAUCUUCGACAACGUGACGACUUUCCACACCGCGUCGUUUGCUGCUACCGGCGCUGGGUUAAUCUUGAGAGACAUGACAUUUGAGAACUGGGCCGGGCCAGGCCGGCACCAGGCAGUGGCGCUCCGGGUUGGCGCCGACCAUGCCGUCGUGUACCGCUGCAACAUAAUCGGCUAUCAGGACACUCUCUACGUCCAUUCGAACCGCCAAUUCUACCGGGAAUGUGACAUUUACGGGACCGUCGAUUUUAUCUUCGGCAAUGCGGCGGUGGUGUUCCAAAACUGUAGCAUUUACGCCCGAAAGGCCAUGGAUCUUCAGAAGAACACCAUCACGGCCCAAAACCGGAAGGAUCCGAAUCAGAACACCGGCAUCUCCAUCCACGCCUGCCGGAUUCUGGCCACCUCCGAUCUCACGGCGUCCAAUAGUAGCAACCCGACAUAUCUGGGCCGUCCGUGGAAAUUAUACUCUAGAGUCGUUUACAUGCUAUCAUACAUCGGCGGCCACGUGCACCCACACGGUUGGCUAGAGUGGAAUGCCACGUUCGCUUUGGACACGCUGUAUUACGGUGAGUAUAUGAAUUAUGGGCCGGGUGGGGCGGUGGGCCAGCGGGUCACGUGGCCCGGGUAUCGGGUCAUAACGUCCACGGUGGAAGCGAACAAGUUCACGGUGGCGCAGUUCAUUUACGGCUCGUCGUGGCUGCCGUCCACCGGAGUCGCGUUUCUCGGAGGGCUAAAUGUGUAAUUUCGCUAAUUGUAUUAUAUUAAUAUAAAGAUGGUAAUAAAGAAAAAAGUCGCAAAAUCCAAAGGGAGGAAAAAAAAAGGUGGGUAAAAAGUGUCGGCAUAAAACACCAUAUAGUAGUGAAGAUUUUUUUUUUCUCUUUUCAUUUUAUUUUAUUUUUGGUGAAUGUAUGAAUAUUAAUUUAUGUUCCAUUUUUUCCCUCUUAAUUGUAUUGUAACUGAAUACUAUUAUCUGAUUUUUUAUAAUAUUAGUAACGCGUUCGAAUGUCA